CCUUGUUUUCCUUGCUUAUCAUGGUUACCACCAAAAUGACUGCUGCCUUUGGAAACCCUAAAGGGAAACAGGUGGCGACAGACAAGGUUGCAGAGAAGCUGAGUUCUACUCUCUCAUGGGUAAAGAACACAGUAUCCCAUACAGUCAGUCAGAUGGCCAGUCAGGUGGCAAGUCCAGCUGCUUCAUUACACACUACAUCCUCAUCUACCACAUUGUCAACACCAGCCCUUUCACCAUCUUCUCCAUCACAGUUAAGUCCUGACGAUUUAGAACUCCUGGCUAAACUGGAGGAACAAAACAGGGGUGAGUCACCAGUGUAGUUAGAAACUGCCAGUAGGGGUCAGCAAUUGGAGCCUCGUCUUAUAUACAGCUUUAUUACUGUGGUCUGGAUUUCAUAUAUCUUUGGAUUGUACUUUUCUACUGGGUGUUCAAGACCAAGUUAAGAUUGUUAGAGACGGAUAGUAAGUCUUUAAGAUCUGUAAAUGGGUCAAGAAGAAACAGUGGCUCCUCUCUUGUAUCAAGUUCAUCAGCUUCCAGCAAUCUCAGCCAUCUUGAAGAAGAUUCUUGGAUUCUUUGGGGAAGAAUUGUUAAUGAAUGGGAAGAUGUGCGUAAAAAGAAGGAAAAGCAAGUUAAGGAUCUUGUUCGUAAAGGGAUACCCCACCACUUUAGAGCAAUAGUUUGGCAACUUUUAUGCAGUGCACAAAGUAUGCCAAUUAAGGAUCAGUAUUCAGAACUCCUGAAAAUGACCUCACCUUGUGAAAAAUUGAUCAGAAGGGACAUUGCUAGAACUUACCCUGAACAUAAUUUUUUUAAAGAAAAAGAUAGCCUUGGACAGGAGGUUUUAUUUAAUGUAAUGAAGGCAUAUUCUUUAGUGGAUCGUGAGGUUGGUUACUGUCAAGGAAGUGCUUUUAUAGUUGGCUUAUUGCUUAUGCAGAUGCCAGAAGAAGAAGCUUUCUGUGUAUUUGUUAAAUUAAUGCAAGAUUAUAGACUUCGUGAACUUUUUAAACCAAGUAUGGCAGAAUUGGGCCUUUGUAUGUACCAGUUUGAAUGCAUGAUACAGGAACAUCUUCCUGAGCUCUUUGUACAUUUUCAGUCUCAGAGUUUUCAUACCUCAAUGUAUGCAUCAUCCUGGUUUUUGACUGUCUUUCUUACAACAUUUCCACUACCAAUUGCAACAAGGAUAUUUGAUAUCUUUAUGUCUGAGGGUUUAGAAAUAGUGUUUCGAGUAGGAUUAGCACUUCUUCAAAUGAAUCAGGCAGAAUUAAUGCAACUUGACAUGGAAGGGAUGUUACAGCACUUUCAAAAGGUCAUUCCUCAUCAGUUUGACGGUGGUCCAGACAAAUUAAUUCUAGCAGCUUACCAAGUCAAAUACAACUCAAAAAAAAUGAAAAAGCUUGAAAAGGAAUACACUACAAUAAAAACUAAAGAAAUGGAAGAGCAAGUUGAAAUUAAAAGGUUACGCACGGAAAAUAGACUUUUAAAACAACGCAUUGAAACAUUAGAAAAAGAAAGUGCUUCCUUGGCAGAUAGAUUGAUACAGGGACAAGUGACAAGAGCCCAGGAGGCUGAGGAAAACUACCUCAUAAAACGGGAGUUGGCCACCAUCAAACAACAGAGUAAUGAGGCCAGUGCUAAGCUGGAGCAGGCUGAAAAUACCAUCAGGAAGCUCCAGCACCAACAACAAUGGCAUAAAUGCAGCUCCAACUACAAUGAAGAUUUUGUGCUACAGCUAGAGAAGGAAUUGGUUCAAGCCCGACUGAGUGAAGCUGAGUCUCAGUGUGCACUAAAGGAGAUGCAAGAUAAAGUCCUGGAUAUUGAGAAGAGGAACAACUCUUUUCCUGACGAGAAUAAUGUUGCAAGACUUCAGGAGGAACUUAUUGCUGUGAAACUGAGAGAAGCAGAAGCCAUUAUGGGUUUGAAAGAACUUAGACAGCAAGUCAAAGAUUUGGAAGAACAUUGGCAGCGCCACUUGUCUCGUACUACUGGGAGAUGGAAAGACCCUCCCAAGAAAAAUGCUGUGAAUGAGUUACAAGAUGAACUGAUGACCAUUCGACUUAGAGAAGCUGAAACACAGGCAGAAAUUAGAGAAAUAAAACAAAGGAUGAUGGAAAUGGAAACACAGAACCAAAUCAAUAGUAAUCAUCUUCGAAGAGCAGAACAAGAGGUGACCAAUCUACAGGAAAAAGUGCACUAUCUUUCUGUCCAGAACAAAGGACUACUUACUCAAUUAAGUGAAGCAAAGCGCAAACAAGCAGAGAUCGAAUGCAAGAACAAGGAAGAAGUAAUGGCUGUAAGACUCCGAGAAGCAGAUAGCAUAGCUGCUGUGGCUGAACUACAGCAACACAUUGCUGAGCUUGAAAUCCAGAAAGAAGAAGGAAAGCUUCAAGGACAGCUUAGCACGUCUGAUUCUAACCAGUACAUUAGGGAACUGAAAGAUCAGAUAGCAGAGCUGAAUCAUGAGCUCAGGUGCCUAAAAGGCCAGAGGGAUUUCUCAAGCCGACCUCCUUUUGAUGGAAUCCACAUUGUCAACCAUUUAAUAGGAGAUGAUGAAUCAUUCCAUUCCUCUGAUGAAGAGUUUAUAGAUAAUUCCUUACAGGAAAGUGGCAUUGGUUUUCCUUUGCACAGAUCUGUCCCAAUGUCUUUGGACCCCACUGUGGCAGAUGGUAGUGAGAGUGAAACAGAAGACAGUGUGCUGCAGACCAGAGAGAGCGAUCAAGUGGUUUCAAAGGAGCGGACCCCACGGAGAGAGUCGUAUUCAACCACUGUCUGACCAUCACUGUGACCUAGACUGUGGAUUUCUUUAAGGGAUCAGUUAUCAUAUGAUUAGGGAUUUUUGGAACAUACCUGGUUCAUAUGUACAUAUAUUAUGUUUUACAAUCUUAUCUGCCUUUUAUCUUUGCCAAAUCUUCACCACUGAUUUUCUAUUGCCAGAAAGUAGACUGUAAUACGGUUAAUGAGUAAAAUAAGGUUCUAACAGUAUUACUGAAUAUUGUUUCUUGUUUAUAAAAUGCAACUGUAUCUAAACGUGGGAGCUGUUUUGAAGUUCAAAACUAUGGAAAAUAUAAUUUUCUCCAGACAAACUGCUCUUGUGCAAUAUUUUAUGCUCUGUGAACAAAUUGUAUAUUUAUGUCUAUUAAUUUGUUUUCAAGGUUGUAGACUACAGACAUUUGAUCAAAAUAGAUACCUGAUUUUCUUGUUUUUUUGUGUUUGGGGAUAUUUUUUCACUAAAAUUACUAUUUUAUUAGUGACUCAAGGUUCUCAAACACAAAGCUUUUUUUCUGUAUAAUUUUAUAAAUACAACUUAAGUUACCUGUUUUGAAAGUUUUUGUUUCAAUUUCUAAUUUUUAUGUGUGUCUAAUGCUUCCUUGUGUUGGUUACUCGUCAGAGUAAUAGAUUAAAAAUACAUUAUUUGUACAUAUUUAUAACAUUGAACAUCAUUUUAUAUGAGGAACAUAUAUUUGCAAAAUGACUGUUUUGAGCAUUGUAUCAGGAUGUCUGUAAAUAAUAGGUUUUUAAAAACUAAAAAAUCAGACAUUAAUAUUUUAAUAGCUUUAAUGUUUUGCUUAGCAUUCAGCACUACCAGAUUCAUAACCUGUUCAAAAACACUAUUGGUGAUAUCUUCAUGUAUAUGUAGCUAAUCCAUUUUUCAUGAUUAAAGAGGUUAUAGCACAUUAAUUAGUGCUAAUAUUCUACUUACUAUAAUUCAAACAGGCUAAGGUCCAAGAUGCACAGCAAUUAUAUCUGCAAAUCUAUGAACAUUAUCUUAAGAUUGUCUAGUUUCUAUCAAUAGAUAAAGCCAUAAAAAUCCUUUUAAAUUCUUUUGUAUCAUUUACACUUUUUUUUCUUAGAAAAAACUAAAUGCCUGUUAUUAAUAAAUUGGUGGAAAUAACCAAUUAUACUUAUCCUAUGGAAAGACAAAAGGAAUGUAUUGACUGGAUUCUUUCCACUCUCAUUUUCAUUAGCAGCUUGUGAAAAGAACAGCUAUAGACAAUAAGAGGAAAGUAAAAUUCAGUUUAUAUUAAAGUACAGUUUUGCAGAGUAUCAUGUGUACAACAGCAUGCAUGAAACAAUUAUGAUAGAAAGGAGUAGAAGAGACAAAAAUAAUUUCCUAUCUAAAACCAGAAGUUAAGCCUUAUGCUGCAAUGUGGAUUGUUUUUCCAGCAAAGUCUUUGUAGCUAUUUGUCUGCCUGAUAAAUGAGAAGAAAAUAUGGCUUCUGUGUUUAAAUUCUAGUGGUUGAGUUCUAGUGGUUAAAUUCUAUGGUUAAGUAAUUUACCUGUGGUGACAAGCUAGUAAUUAGCAGAGCCAAGAUUUUAAUCCAGAUCUCUCUUGACACCAAAGCUUUUUAAAACAUCCAGUUAAUGAAUUUCUCAGUUCCCUACUGUUCUGACAAUAUGACUUAAAUAAAUUUGAUUUAAAUAUAUUUCCUGAAUGUUUGCACUCAUAAGCUCUACACAGUUUUCAAGUAUAGAUACUACUCCUAGAUUUGAUACUACUUUCUAGAACCAUAGUGCUUUUGGGAUUCUCCUUUGAAAUUCUUUACUGUCAGCCUAGAAGGCUGUUGAUCCCCAAGUAAAGUGAGAUAACACAUAUUAGUGUCUUGAUCCCAACAUCAAGAAACCUGAAUGAGGCUGGAGAUGUAACUCAAUGGUAGAGCACUUGUCUAUCAUGUAAAAGACCCUGAGUUGGUUAUCAUUACUGCAAUAAAUAAAUAUAAUUUGGGUGAACUAUACAGCAAACUGCAGCCCAAGGCUAAUUCCAGUCAGCUGCAUGCUUUUACUUUUUUAAAUAGAAAAAAUUCAAGAGAAUAUUUUGUGACACAUAAAAAUUAUAUAAAAUUAAAAUUUCAAUGUCCUUAAAGUUUACUGGAACACACCCCUACUUAUCUGUUUACCAUAUGUUAUGGCUGAUUUUAUACUAUAAUGGCAGAGUUGAGUAGUUGCGAUGGAGACCAUUUGGCCCACGUAGCAUAAAUAUUUACUCUCUGCCCCUUGACAGAAAAGGUUUGCUAACUCUUGACCUAGCUACUCCAGAGUGUUAUUUUUACUACUUUAGCUGAGCUUAAUAGAAGAUCAAACCAUUUGCUUACUGUUGAGCUAAUGAUUUGAAAUAAUAAAAUUUCCUCAUGGAUCAUACACUGUAGAACAAUUCAAGAUAGAAAGUGUGCCAACUGCUUUAUACACACCUUUGAUUUUUGUUUUGUGGUGUUGGAGAUUGAACCCAGAGCAUCAUUAUGCAUGCUGGGAAGGUACUCUAUCUUUGACCAACAUCUCCAGCCCAGCUAUUUUAUAAGAUGAAGCCUUUGGUUCUAUAAAAAAUCUUGGAAGGACAUCUGUAUGUUUGGAGGAGAAAGAAAGGAAUAAAUUGCAGACUUUUAACACUGUUCUGAAUCAUUCCAUUGAUCAUGAUCUUUAGGAUGUGCUUCAUUGAGUAAAUGUUAAUUUAACUUUAAGAACAUAUUUCUAGAGUCACAUUUGAAUUUUUAAAGAUACUAGAGAAUUUCCUAAGUAUUCUUUCUAGUUAGAAAUUCAGUUUUAAAAGAACAGUGGUAAGGGGCCAGGGAUUUAGCUCAGGGUUCUCACCUGCCUCGCAAGCACAAGGACCUGAGUUCGAUCCCCAGUACCAAAAAAAAAAAAUAGUAAACCUUAAUUUGAUGAUUUUCUUAUAAUUUGGAUAAUGAAAAACUAGAAACACUUCUCAUUUAAGCUCUUUGAUUGAAGGUAGGCACAGUGCCAUGUGCCUUUUUUCUAGCUUUUGGGAGGCUGAGGCAAGAAGGUCACUUGAGUCCCACGAUUCAAGACUAUCCUGGGCAACAUGCUGAGAUCACAUUUCAAAAUACACUUUAGAAGAAUUUUAAAUCUCCCUGGCUUUUAGGAUGCAACUGGACAAUAUGCCCUGGUUUGACUCCAUUUCAUUCAAGUUAAUGUAAAUAUGUCAUUAAAGACAUUUGGGGAUUGGAUUAUGUUCUAAUAUAUUUUAAUCUCUGAUUUUUUGGUUUCAUUUAAAUGUUAUUCACUUAGCAUUGAAAAGUAUUAUGGGGAAAGUGAAUGAAAUGACUCAAUAGAAAAGCAUGUUCCCUUGGGAUAGUUUACCUUCCUGGUAUCAUUGCCACCCUAGGUUCAUAAACUGAGAGUAGAAACCACAAUGAUCUGAGUAAGUGGAAAUUGUAUUGAAGUAAUGAAACAGUUCAAGAAAACACAUCAACAGACUUUUAAAAAAUUAUGGCAAACGUUUUUCUUAGAAAAAUGGGCAAAGGUACAACUUUACACAAUUUCUAAUUUUUUUUUCCUAGAUAAUAGCCAUUCAGCAUUUAGUAAGACGUCAAGUUUAAUUAACUGGCCAGUUACUUUUCCUCAGCUCUGAACAUGAUGCAGCUUGUUACUCUCCAGAUAGUGCCUUUGAUUGAAAAUAAGGUCUAGACGUUUUGGAGUAUAUUAUUUCUGACAUCAUAAGAAAUCAUUUGGUCCCUAAUUUCUCAUUUACAUAAUAUACUGUAAUAUUCAGAUUUAAAGUAAAAUAAAUACAUGAAUUGUUUUGGUAAAGUUCUUUCAUGAUGAGCUUGACUGUUGUAUCAUACCAGGCAUUGACAACAUUUCGUGAAAUCAGUGAUUUACUUUUUAAAACAAUGAGUUUUAGGUUGAAAGUUCUGCUGCUUUACAUUAACAAAAUGUUUUUAAAAUAAUUCAUUUUCAUUUAAUUCUACUGAAAUUAUAGAAAUUAAAAUUUCUAGUUAAAAGUAGAGUGAAUGCUAUUUAUAAUCCAAGUUUUUAUAUCACAUCCAUUGAUCUACACAUCGCUUUUCACUCCAAAGAAGAGUUGCUAGAAUAAUAUAUUCAGUAUACUACAGAGAUGCAAAGUUACAAUGUAUUUCAUUUUGCUGUUGGAAUUUUUUUAUUAUAACAUUGUAUGAUAACCUGAAAUGUUUACUUGUGCCUUUGCUUUAAACAAUUAAAGUUUUCCAUUUUAUAAGCA